CAUAUAUUCGUCGUUAUCACAAGCUCCUCUCCAUUCUCUCAAAGUUGCGCGCCUCCAUGGAUCCCAAUUUCAUCGCAAUCACACACGUUUCUUUCGAGCGGCGAUAGUUCAACCAUUAAGACAAGUGCGCCAUCCAGCAGUACAUUUUGUGCAGCUGUCGCGCGAAUAUCGCUUCGAAAGCUAACAAGAAUUUGACCUCUUCCCCAGACUGACGACAAUUUCGGGCGCUCCGAUCGCCCCCACUUGACAAUGCCAUCUGCAUCUUCCACCAAAACAGCUUCGACCUUGAACUUGAUCGGUGCUUUGCUGCGAUUGGCGCUGCUUUCGACCAUCGCAAGCGUGGUGAUCGGCAGCGGUUACUUCGAUCGAGUGGCGUCGUUGCCUUGUGCGUUACGUCAGUACCCGACCGGUUCGGUGUGCGUGUGCAAUGUGACCUACUGCGAUACGUUGGAGUUUGAGGAUCCAAGCAGGCCGGGGGAGUUUGUGCUGGUAUCGAGUAGCCGCAAUGGGACCAGAUUUGGGCAGUCCCGCGGAAAGUUUGUGCAAGCGGACAAUGCGACGUUUUUGGCGGCGGUGCGUCUGUUGCCCAGGCAACGGAUGGCAAGGAGUACGCGAUCGGUGAUCAUUGAAGUUAACCGGGAGAAGAGGUAUCAGCGGAUUGUUGGGUUUGGGGGUGCGUUUACCGGGGCCGUUUCGUACAACUUGGGGCUGUUGAAGCCGGAGUUGAGGAAGAGUAUGUACCGAUCGUAUUAUUCGAAGAAGGUGGGCAUCGGGUACAAUAUGAUGAGGAUUCCUAUCGGAGGAUGUGAUUUCGAUUUGAAACCGUGGGCGUACAACGAGUCGCCGAUGGAUGACGCGAAGUUGUCGAACUUCACUGAACUUGACCAGAGGGAUGUGGAGAAGAUCGAGCAGAUCAAGGAACUGAUGGAGGUGACGGGAAAUAGAGAUAUCAAGUUCAUGGGUGCCGCGUGGAGUCCACCGAGAUGGAUGAAGUCGAACAACGAUUGGAGCGGAUCCAGUCGGCUUAAACCCGAGUACUACCAGACGUGGGCAGACUAUCACAUUCAGUAUUUGCGGCUGAUGAAGGCAGCUGGAUUGAACUACUGGGCGAUAUCUACAGGUAACGAACCGAUGAAUGCCGUGAUCGGGUUCCUGUUCAUCCGUUUCAUGAGCCUGGGAUGGGUGGCGACAAAUCAAGGGAAAUGGGUUGCCAAGAAUCUAGGGCCAGCGUUGAAGAAUUCGGAGUUCAAGAACGUCAAACUGUUUGCGGGAGAUGAUCAGCGAUACACAUUCCCGUGGUGGUUUUCGCAGAUGGAUCAGGGUCAUCCGGAUGCCACAAAGUUCGUGGAUGGGUUCGCCGUUCAUUGGUACUGGGACGGAGUGACUCCACCCGGAUUGCUCGAUCAAGCUUCUCACCUAUAUCCUGACAAACUAAUCUUCAACACAGAGGCGUCCCUAGGCGAUAAGCCCUUCCAAACGCAUGGCCCUAUCCUCGGAUCAUGGGAUCGUGCCGAGUCCUACAUAACGUACGUCUUGCAAGAUCUUCAACACAGCGUUAACGGUUGGAUCGACUGGAAUUUGAUGUUGAACGAAAUUGGAGGUCCAAAUUACGCCAACAACUACGUGGAGUCGGCAGUCGUUGUCAAUGCGACCACCGGCGAAGAAGUGUACAAACAACCGAUUUUCUACGGAUUGGGCCACUUCUCGCGAUUCAUCACGGAAGGAUCCGUCCGAGUCGAAACAACCAGCGACGAUUCGGGAAUGAUCGUAGUAGGCUUCUUGCGACCAGACAAUAGGACUGUUCUAGUUUUCUACAAUAAAAAAUCUAGUUCAUGCGAAGUGACGAUCCGCGAUCCGGAACGGGGCCUGACUCAACUGGAGAUUCCGGCCAAGUCGGUGCAUUCCAUUCUCUACGCCUAAUUGAAAUUCGUUUAGUCACAUAAGUAAAUUUGUUAGCCAAAAAUAAACCCAAACUCGGAACUA